GGCAGCAGCGGCAGCACCAGCACCUUGUGGUGUUGGUAGGGAGACGGCGGCUUGCUGGUGCUUGCAGUCCCGUCGGUUUUUCCCACUCGGAUUGCACACCCCGCAUCCUCCUUAGAUACGCCCUCGCCUUGUCCUCCUUUGCUGGGGCGCCCACGGCUGGUCUGAUACAUGACAUCUCGCUCGGCAUGAGAUGAAGCUGUGACAGGUUUGAAAACACAAUGGCAGGAAACAGCCUUGUUCUACCCAUCGUUCUUUGGGGUCGCAAAGCACCAACACAUUGCAUCUCAGCAGUACUUUUAACAGAUGAUGGGGCCACAAUUGUAACAGGAUGCCAUGAUGGACAAAUAUGUCUCUGGGAUCUUUCAGUGGAACUGGAAAUUAAUCCUCGUGCGCUGUUAUUUGGUCAUACAGCUUCAAUCACUUGUUUAUCUAAAGCUUGUGCUUCUAGUGACAAACAGUAUAUUGUGAGUGCAUCUGAAAGUGGAGAGAUGUGCCUCUGGGAUGUGAAUGAUGGCAGAUGUAUUGAAUUUACAAAAUUAGCAUGCACACAUACUGGCAUACAGUUCUACCAGUUCUCUGUGGGAAAUCAGCGAGAAGGAAGGCUUUUAUGCCAUGGACAUUACCCUGAAAUCCUCGUUGUGGAUGCCACCAGCCUUGAGGUGUUAUACUCCUUAGUAUCAAAGAUAUCACCAGACUGGAUUAGCUCCAUGAGUAUUAUUCGAUCCCACCGAACACAAGAGGACACCGUGGUAGCACUCUCUGCGACAGGCAUCUUAAAGGUGUGGAUAGUUACCUCUGAAAUAAGUGGCAUGCAGGAUACUGAGCCAAUAUUUGAGGAGGAAUCCAAACCAAUUUAUUGUCAGAAUUGCCAAAGCAUCUCUUUUUGUGCAUUCACACAAAGGUCACUUUUGGUUGUGUGUUCCAAAUAUUGGAGGGUAUUCGAUGCUGGAGACUAUUCCCUGUUGUGUUCAGGUCCUAGUGAAAAUGGACAGACGUGGACUGGAGGGGACUUUGUAUCAGCAGAUAAAGUAAUCAUUUGGACUGAAAAUGGACAAAGUUAUAUUUAUAAACUACCUGCCAGUUGCCUUCCAGCUAGUGAUUCAUUCCGCAGUGAUGUGGGAAAAGCCGUUGAAAAUUUAAUUCCUCCAGUACAACAUAGCCUCUUGGAUCGAAAAGAUAAAGAGUUGCUAAUUUGUCCUCCUGUUACUCGGUUCUUCUAUGGAUGCAGGGAAUAUUUACAUAAACUAUUAAUUCAGGGUGAUUCUUCUGGAAGAUUGAAUAUUUGGAACAUAUCAGACACACCUGAUAAACAGGAAGGUGGUGAAGGGCUGAAAAUGACAACUUCUGUUAGUUUGCAAGAGGCAUUUGAUAAACUGAAUCCUUGUCCUGCUGGAAUUAUAGAUCAACUGAGUGUGAUUCCUAAUAGUAAUGAACCUCUUAAAGUAACUGCCAGUGUGUACAUACCAGCACACGGAAGACUUGUUUGUGGGCGUGAAGAUGGAAGCAUAGUCAUUGUACCUGCCACACAGACGGCCAUAGUACAGCUGUUGCAAGGGGAACACAUGCUUAGAAGAGGUUGGCCACCUCACAGAACACUCCGUGGUCAUCGGAACAAAGUCACAUGUUUGCUAUAUCCUCAUCAGGUCUCAGCUCGGUAUGAUCAAAGAUAUCUGAUAUCUGGAGGUGUGGAUUUUUCGGUCAUAAUUUGGGACAUAUUUUCUGGAGAAAUGAAACAUAUCUUCUGUGUUCAUGGUGGUGAGAUUACUCAACUUCUAGUUCCACCUGAAAACUGUAGUGCAAGAGUGCAGCACUGCAUCUGCUCUGUAGCCAGUGACCAUUCAGUAGGACUUCUAAGUUUGCGGGAGAAAAAAUGCAUCAUGUUGGCGUCUCGGCACCUUUUCCCUAUUCAAGUGAUCAAAUGGAGGCCUUCUGAUGAUUACUUGGUAGUAGGAUGUUCAGACGGCUCUGUGUAUGUCUGGCAGAUGGAUACUGGUGCAUUGGAUCGCUGCGUGAUGGGGAUCACAGCAGUAGAGAUACUGAAUGCUUGUGACGAAGCCGUUCCUGCUGCUGUUGAUUCACUGAGUCAUCCAGCAGUCAACCUGAAACAAGCCAUGACAAGACGCAGUCUUGCUGCCCUUAAAAAUAUGGCACAUCAUAAGCUGCAAACCCUUGCAACUAACCUGUUGGCGUCUGAGGCAUCUGACAAGGGGAAUUUACCUAAAUAUUCUCAUAACUCCCUGAUGGUUCAAGCAAUAAAGACAAACCUAACAGACCCGGACAUACAUGUGCUUUUCUUUGAUGUGGAAGCGUUGAUUAUUCAACUCCUGACUGAAGAAGCCUCUAGGCCGAAUACUGCGCUUAUUUCCCCAGAGAAUUUGCAAAAAGCAUCUGGCAGUUCAGACAAAGGGGGAUCUUUUCUAACUGGAAAACGAGCUGCAGUUCUCUUCCAACAAGUGAAAGAAACUAUCAAAGAGAACAUAAAGGAACACCUCCUUGAUGAUGAAGAGGAGGAUGAGGAGAUGAUGAGGCAGAGAAGGGAAGAAAGUGAUCCUGAAUAUCGGGCCAGCAAAUCCAAGCCACUGACCCUGCUAGAAUAUAAUUUAACUAUGGACACUGCAAAGUUAUUCAUGUCCUGCCUUCACGCCUGGGGUUUGAAUGAAGUCCUGGAUGAAGUUUGCCUCGAUCGCCUUGGAAUGCUGAAACCCCAUUGCACGGUGUCGUUUGGUCUCUUAUCGAGGGGAGGCCAUAUGUCACUGAUGCUUCCUGGUUAUAAUCAACCUGCUUGUAAACUGUCACAUGGGAGAACAGAAGUAGGAAGGAAGCUGCCAGCAACUGAAGGAAUAGGAAAGGGAACUUACGGAGUGUCCCGAGCCGUCACGACACAGCAUCUCCUGUCUGUCAUUUCUUUGGCAAAUACCUUAAUGAGUAUGACCAAUGCAACUUUUAUUGGUGAUCAUAUGAAGAAGGGCCCUACCAGGCCACCUAGACCAAGCACCCCAGACCUUUCUAAGGCAAGGGGUUCCCCUCCAACUGCCAGUAAUAUUGUGCAAGGACAGAUUAAACAAGUCGCCGCACCUGUCGUUUCUGCGCGGUCUGCCGCUGACCACUCUGGUUCUGACCCUGCUUCUGCUCCUGCUUUACAUACCUGUUUCUUAGUAAAUGAAGGAUGGAGCCAGUUAGCUGCUAUGCACUGUGUUAUGCUACCAGACCUGCUGGGAUUGGAUAAAUUUAGGCCUCCACUUCUGGAGAUGCUGGCCCGAAGAUGGCAAGAUCGAUGCUUGGAGGUAAGAGAAGCCGCACAGGCCCUGCUUCUAGCAGAACUGAGAAGAAUUGAACAGGCAGGACGGAAGGAAACCAUCGAUGCUUGGGCUCCUUAUUUACCUCAAUACAUGGACCACGUCAUAUCACCUGGAGUCACAGCAGAAGCCAUGCAGACUAUCACCACCACUUCUGAAGCCUCGGGGCCUGAAACCAAAGUCCAGGAGGAAGAGCAUGACCUUGUUGACGAUGACAUCACCACGGGUUGCUUAUCAAGUGUCCCACAGAUGAAAAAAAUUUCCACAUCUUAUGAGGAAAGACGGAAGCAAGCUACUGCCAUUGUUUUACUUGGAGUAAUAGGAGCUGAAUUUGGUGCUGAAAUUGAACCUCCUAAACUAUUGACCAGACCUCGAAGCUCUAGUCAAAUUCCUGAGGGAUUUGGUUUGACUAGUGGUGGAUCCAACUACUCAUUGGCCAGACAUACUUGCAAGGCGUUGACAUUUCUCCUGCUACAGCCGCCAAGCCCCAAACUUCCUCCACACAGCACGAUCCGAAGAACAGCCAUUGAUUUGAUUGGACGAGGUUUCACAGUUUGGGAGCCUUACAUGGAUGUGUCCGCUGUCCUUAUGGGGCUUCUCGAACUUUGUGCUGAUGCCGAGAAACAACUUGCCAACAUCACAAUGGGGCUGCCUCUGAGCCCGGCAGCUGACUCCGCCCGCUCCGCGAGGCAUGCCCUCUCGCUCAUUGCCACGGCCAGACCACCCGCCUUCAUCACCACCAUAGCCAAAGAGGUACACAGGCAUACGGCUCUUGCAGCAAAUACCCAAUCGCAACAGAAUAUGCACACUACAACUCUUGCACGAGCUAAAGGGGAAAUUCUGAGAGUCAUUGAAAUUCUUAUUGAAAAGAUGCCCACAGAUGUUGUGGAUCUUCUUGUGGAGGUUAUGGACAUCAUUAUGUACUGCCUUGAAGGAUCUUUAGUUAAAAAGAAAGGUCUUCAAGAAUGUUUCCCGGCCAUCUGCAGGUUCUACAUGGUCAGCUAUUAUGAGCGGAAUCACAGAAUAGCAGUUGGAGCUCGCCAUGGUUCAGUGGCCCUGUACGACAUCCGGACUGGAAAAUGUCAGACAAUCCACGGACACAAGGGACCAAUCACUGCAGUGGCCUUUGCUCCCGAUGGACGGUAUCUUGCCACCUACUCAAACACUGACAGCCACAUUUCUUUCUGGCAGAUGAACACGUCCCUGUUGGGCAGCAUCGGCAUGUUGAAUUCGGCGCCCCAGCUGCGCUGCAUCAAAACCUACCAGGUGCCCCCCGUGCAACCCGCCUCCCCUGGCUCCCACAACACCCUCAGACUGGCCCGGCUCAUCUGGACUUCCAACCGCAACGUCAUCCUCAUGGCCCACGAUGGGAAGGAGCACCGCUUCAUGGUCUAGGGCUGCUCUCUGCCACCACGCUGCGUUUUAGUUCUCUAACUUCUCUAAGCCGACGUCGCCCUGCCCGCACUCACACCGGAUCAUUCCUCGGUGCCUGCCCACCCCAGAGUCAUCCAGGGCGCGCUGGGUCUGUGUCACUCGUGCAUGCUUCUCAGGGGCAGACUCUGGCUCGUGCCACCUAUCGAUUCAGAGGCAUGCACACACCACUGUACAGGAUGUGGCCAUCCUGUCACCAGGGAGUUUUUCCCUGCCAGAGAUGGGAGGGGGAAGCCAGUAGUUCCGGGGACGCUCUUGUUGCUUGGUGCAACAGAAGCCCGAAAAUCAAUACACACUGUGAUUGCGCUCCAGCCCGGGUCAGCAUUUUCAGCCAUCUAAACCCCAUCUCUGAAGUGCUGCUUGAAUCUGGUCGUCCUGACGCUGGGUGUGGAGGUCAUGUGGCAGUCCUCAUUACUGAAAUUAUUGCCCCUUGCAUUUCCUAAAGCAUACUGUUGUUUACCAAAAAGAUUCUGUGUUUACAUGUUUUUUUCUUCUGGUGAUUGCUAGGAAAUUACGCAAUCCAAUUUCCUGGGGUUUAGCCACUACUACGUUUCUUUAUCAACACCUGCUUUGAGAUUAAUGAGAAAUAUAAAAAAAAAAAAAUUUCCUUGUAAAAAAUAGUUUUCCAGUCACCUAGCCUUCUCAAGUGCUCAUGUCCUACUUAGAUGAUAGUGUAGUUAGUAGUUUAAAAUAAAAACAUCACUACUUAUGAUCUAGUUGAUAGAAUCAUCCAGUCACCGUAGCGAAUCUCUUAAAGGGACUUUUGUGAAAAAGAACUGCGUUUGAAAGCAUAGCAUAUACCUAAAAUGAAGACUUGCCUAUCUAUUGCUGUAGAUCUUUUUGUUUAAGAAAGAGCUUAUCCCUUUCCUCCAGAAACUUUACAAGCCUGCAGUUCCCAUAUGUGUGACACAUGUCCAUUAUCAUGUAAUAAGUAUAAUUCAGCCUUCAAACUACUACUGAUCAAUUAAAAGCUAAGAAGGUAUUUCUUUAAAAUAAGUGUCCUAGAAAAUUAAUAACUAUGGCACAAAUGUUCAGGAGUGUAUAUAAGAAUGUGAGGGCUCUAAUUUGAGCAAAUAUUGCAAUGAAGGUGUUCAUUAUGCUUUGAAGUAAGCUUUAGCUAGAUUACCUUCUCUUUAUGUCAGAUUAUGCUGGUUCUUGCUCAUAAUAAUGGAAAAAGUCCAUAAAAUAAUAUUUUGUAUGAAUUGCUCCUAAAAACCUUGACCUGUAUAUAGUUGGGGGGGCUGGUUGGUUGGCUGAUAGCUGAUUGGUUGGUUCGUUGGGCAUAAUGGUUUAUCAGAUGCAAAAAUAGAAAAUGAUUUGUUAAAUUCAGAGAAAAUGUGAAAGUUUACAGAGGAACCAAAAUUAUAAUGGGAAUAUUUAAUCUAAAAAGCAUAGAUGUAAUAAACAGAAAAGCAGGAUCAAGGUCCAGGAACAAAUACGUCUGUUUUACUGAAACAGAUUUUUAAAGAACAUAUUAAGAAAUUAAGACCACUAGAACGUCUCUUUCAUAUUGAUAUGAAGCAUAUUAUUUCUAUUGAUGGCAAAUCUGUGCUAUUCCUUGGUUUUAGAUGUUGGGUGUUGUUUCAAAAGUGAAUUUAUGCACAUGCAUGUACAUUGUAUUAUAAAGAUUAUAUAUGUAGUUUCCAAGGAAGAAACAACUAUACAGUGUAGACUUUGUGUGGUGAACAUGCUGUUGUAUUCGGUAUAGGUAGAGAAACGUGAGGUGAACUACAAGGUGCACUUUGUUUUUCUAGUGGGCUCCCAAGUCUUCUCUGUACCCAGCACAUGUUUACUGUAUGAACUUAAAUGGGAAUUAAUUUAUUCUAGACUAUAGAACUAUUUGGAAUGAUGAGGUAAACAUAUACCUUAGUGACCUUUUUUCUAUUUUUUUUUAACAAAAUGGUCUCUGGUUCGGGAAGAAGGUGUAGGAACGGUAGGCAGGCCCCACAAAGGCAUGGAUGGCCCCCACCUGCCAUGGAGAUUAAAAACAAAGCCAGGAGGGCCAGAGGAGCGAAGCCCCAGGGUGACGGGCGUGGGACCGCCUUUAAUGCGUCCUGUCUGCACAGAAAGCCAAGCCAAUUGGCCAGGAGAACAUUAUGGUCGUAAAAUUCCGGAUGGAUGAUGUUUGAUGGUUAGACAGACAUUUCUGACUUACUAAACUAAUAUCUGCAUUCUUGUUAACGUAAAUCUCCCCUUGGCUAUGUUGACAACCACAGUCCCAAAUUUCAUCCCAGCCCAGAUUUCUCAGCACUGAGGUAAACUCCGUAUUGUCAUCCUAGUGUACGCUUUUUGUGUUUUACUGAUUCCAUUGGCAUUAUAUUUGGACCUGUCCUUGUAUGUAUAGAGACAUAUGUGGCUUGAUUGGUGAUUUACAAGCAACAGAUGACAUGACGUGACACCUGUAUGAAAAUGUAAUGAUUGAACUCACUGUACAGAGAGUGGAUUAAAAUGUCUGCCUCUCGAGACGUUUCUCAAUGGUUCCACUAAUAGAUCUAUACAUGCUGAAUGUCCCUGUGUACAUACGUGUGUUAAAUAAAACAGAACUGUACUGGAAA